UUUAGUGUUGCACAAUAAUAAAAAAUACUAAAAUGCAGCUUAUCGAUAAUCAGAGGGCCAUCCCUGUGCGCAUUGCAUAGUCCAACUGAUAUCGAUAUCAAUAUUACCAAAACAAACACAAACAGUGAAAUAUAGUUUUUAUUUCAUUUAAUAAUGAGUUUAGAAGUAACAAACAUAAAUGGUGGCAAUGCCAAUGAUAGUCAAACACAUACACAAGACAAGCGAGAGCUGCUUUGUUUGCUCAAACUUCUUAAAAAAUACCAAUUAAAAGGAACAGAGGAACUACUCUGCCAAGAGGCAAAUGUCAGCAGUGCAGAUUUAUCCACAAUCUGCGAUGGAGAUGUUAAGGCUGUGCUUAGCGCCGCAUUGACUUUGGCUGAUGAGCAGCCCAAUCGUCAGACUGCGCCGGCACAAGCUGCAACAUCCAACGAGUCGAAGGCGGUAACUGAAGCGAACGCCGCCGAGGCGUUGGCAAAGUUCAUCGGCGACGAUGCCUUUGAUGCCCAACAAUAUGAGCAGGCGUAUGAGGAGUUGCGAACAUUUGUAGAGGAAUCCUUGGACAUUUAUAAGCAUGAACUAUCCAUGGUGCUCUAUCCCAUACUGGUACAGAUCUAUUUUAAAAUACUUGCCAGCGGGCAAGUUGAAAAGGCGCGUGGGUUUAUUGAAAAGUAUAAAUCCGAUCUCGAUGGCUACUACAUCGAAGGUCUGUUCAAUUUGUUGAUGAUAUCGAAGCCAGAGGAGCUGCUGGAUAACGAUCUUGUGAGCGCCAUGGAGACCGACAAGUUCGUGAUACGCAUGUCGCGAGAUGCGCAUUCGUUGUUCAAGCGACACAUUCAAGAUCGCCGGCAGGAGGUUGUCGCCGAUAUAGUGUCCAAGUAUCUACAUUUUGAUACCUACGAGGGUAUGGCUCGCAACAAGUUGCAAUGUGUGGCAACGGCUGGCUCGCACAUUGGCGAUGCGAAGCGUCAGGACAACAAAAUCCGCGUCUACUACGGCCUGCUCAAGGAGGUUGACUUUCAGACGCUUACCACGCCGGCGCCAGCGCCCGAGGAGGAGGACGAUGAUCCGGAUGCACCAGAUCGACCCAAAAAGAAGAAGCCCAAAAAAGAUCCGUUGCUAUCAAAGAAAUCAAAGUCGGAUCCCAAUGCACCAGCCAUAGAUCGCAUUCCACUGCCGGAGCUAAAGGAUGCGGACAAACUGCUUAAGCUCAAGGCGCUGCGUGAGGCUAGCAAACGCUUGCCACUCAACAAGGAUCAGUUGCCCUCUGCCGUAUUCUAUACAAUACUGAAUUCCAUGCAGGGAGUCACUUGUGCAGAGAUAUCCGAUGACUCCACAAUGCUCGCCUGCGGUUUCGGGGACUCGACAGUGCGUAUUUGGUCGUUGACGCCAGUCAAGCUGCGUGCUCUGAAAGAAGCCGACGCGCUACGAGAACUGGACAAGGAAUCGUCCGAUAUCAAUGCCCGCAUGUUAGACGAGCGAAGCGGCGAGAUGACGCGCUCCUUCUUGGGGCACACGGGUCCCGUUUAUCGUUGUGCUUUUGCGCCCGAGAUGAACCUGUUGCUCUCUUGCUCGGAGGAUAGCACCAUUCGGCUAUGGUCUCUGCUAACCUGGUCGUGUGUGGUCACCUACCGUGGUCACGUCUAUCCGGUGUGGGAUGUUCGCUUUGCGCCGCACGGUUACUAUUUUGUAUCAUGCUCUUAUGACAAGACCGCACGUCUCUGGGCAACAGAUUCGAACCAGUCGCUGCGCGUAUUUGUCGGGCAUUUAUCCGACGUGGACUGCGUGCAAUUUCAUCCCAAUUCCAAUUAUGUGGCCACCGGCUCUAGCGAUCGCACUGUGCGUCUUUGGGAUGUACUAACUGGCCAAUCCGUGCGCCUGAUGACCGGACACAAGGGCACCGUGAGCUCCCUCGCAUUCUCCAUCUGCGGACGUUACUUGGCUUCCGGUUCGGUUGAUCACAACAUCAUCAUCUGGGAUCUCUCCAACGGCUCACUGGUCACCACGCUGUUAAGGCACACGAGUACAGUGUCCACGAUUACCUUCAGCCGGGAUGGCACCUUGCUCGCAGCUGCCGGCUUGGAUAACAAUCUAACGCUGUGGGACUUCCACAAGCUCACAGAUGAUUAUCUGAGCAAUCAGAUCACCGUGUCACAUCAUCAGGACGAGAACGAUGAGGAUGUUUAUCUGCUGCGCACGUUUCCCAGCAAGAAUUCGCCCUUUGUGGCGCUGCACUUCACGCGUCGCAAUCUCCUAAUGUGCGUCGGCCUCUUUAAGAGUUAGUUCCCCAUCAUAUCGGAUCCUCAAAUAUAUUUUUAACUCUCUUCUAAGCCAAGCAGUCACAAUAUUUGCCGGAAAAUUGGAAUUUUGUAACUGAUGCGAUUUGCCUCU